AAAGUAAUUCGAAUAAAAACCGUUAAAAAAAAACCGUUAAAGGGGCUUAGGAGACGGACAGCGUCUUUACCAUAAACUGUGUGGAUUGUUCUUCUUUCCUUCUAUUUUUAUAAAGAGAUCAUUUACCUGGACGCUAUUUUGAGUGUUUCACUUUCUCCACAACACCUUCGUUACAAUUAAACAGCAAAACACAUCAGCAAAACAUCCUCUUCUGGCUGUAUUUUGGUGAUGAAGAUGAGGGAUGUCUUGUGUUUUCUCCUCUUCAUGAUGGUGGCCCUGGGCUGGCAGGCCGAGGCAGGAUGCCCCAGGGUGUGCGAGUGCCCUCCUGAGCGCCCCGUGUGUCCUCCAGGUGUGAGUUUGGUACCUGAUGGCUGCGGGUGUUGUAAGGUUUGUGCUGCUCAGCUAAACCAGGACUGCCACGAGGGCCGGCCAUGUGACCACCAUAAGGGGCUCGAGUGUAAUUACGGCAACGAUGUGGGCAGCACUCGCGGAAUCUGCAGGGCCAAACUGGAAGGCCGCUCGUGUGAGUAUAACGGCCGUAUGUACCAGAACGGCGAGGACUUCCGCGCCGGCUGUAAGCACCAGUGCACGUGCAUCGACGGUGCUGUGGGCUGUGUGCCUCUCUGCCCUACAGAGGUGGUCCUGGCGUCGCCUGCCUGCCCUUCACCGAGGCUGAUUAAAGUGCCGGGACAGUGCUGCCCGAGUGUGGACUGCCACCGCGGCUCCUCGGUGCUGCCCCCUGUCUACACAGUCCCACAGCCGCCCCCAUACAUCCACCCUCACCUCGCGCCCUUCCCUAAACCCUUCCCUAAACCCUUCCCCAAGCACUACCCAAAGAAUUACCCACACAGGCCAGAGGACACGCUGAGUAAUGAGCUGAUGGAUGUGGGGAGGAAGUGGGAGAAGCCCCGCAGUCACAAACCCACGACAGCCUGGAAGAAACUGGGAAGCCCUGACAAGUGUGUGGUCCAGACUACGAAGUGGUCGCCGUGUUCUCGGAGCUGCGGUAUGGGAGUGUCCUCCCGCGUCACCAACCAGAACGCUCAGUGCAAGCUGGUGAAGGAGACGCGCCUGUGCACCAUCAGACCCUGCAGCUCCAUGGCCGUGCCUGUAAAGAAGGGGAGGAAAUGUUCUCGCACGCAGAAGUCUCCUGAGCCGUUACGUCUCCACUACGCAGGCUGCCGCAGCGCUCGUCUCUACCGGCCCAACUACUGCGGCGUGUGUCGGGACGGCCGCUGCUGCUCCCCGCGCCGCACCCGCACCUCGUCCGUGGUCUUCUCCUGCCCCGACGGCGAGCGCUUCGAGAAGGCCGUCAUGUUCAUCCAGUCCUGUAAGUGCAGCGACCAGUGCGACCACCUGAACGAAGCCUCGCUCCCGCCGCAGCGCUGGCUCUACGGAGACACGCACAAGUUCAUUGACUAGCCGCCUGGCCUCCGUCCAACUCCGCCCCUUCCUUUUCCCCCAGCCAAUCCCUGAUAGAAUAGGCGUACGUCUCGAGAGCAGACGUCGAACUGACGGCCCGGAGUCGCAAACGCUUGUAGACGGAGUGAGAGCUUGGACAAGCGGACGAGAACAGCCAGGAGUAUUUAGUAUAGUGAACUUGUAGUGUACACUUGUAGUUUAUUCCAUCACAGAUUUGGUUAGAAUCACUGAAGGAACCUGGUGGACAAGUAAAGGAUAUGAUCUUAUGAAGACAUUUUGUAUUUGACCCUCGAUGAAAAGGGACUGUUGGACUAGUGGACUGAAAGAAGUGUGUCCUUUUAACCCAGGAAAAACUUCACAGUGGGAAAUAUGCUUCUCAAGAUUGUUUUCCAUUUGCCCCAGACAAAAAAACUAGGACAGAUGGGAUCAUGGGAUAAUCCUAUAAACUCUAUCAACAGCUUUUUUUAUACGCAGCUAUUAUAACGAUAUGACGGUAUUUAUUGUGUGUCAGAUGAUGAUGUCAGUUGGUGGGAAGGAGCUCAUGCUUCACGUGACAAAGGGAAACACGAUGGAUUCCUGGACUUAAAACUUGGUUUUAACUUGGACUUGUUUGCCCAGGAUAGAAGAAUGUGGCCUUACUCCACGUGAACUUGACUUUGACCCUGAUUCCCGGUGCCAGAGAUUUUUCUUUACUUGAGCCCGAGGAUCCAGGAAAAGAAAAAGAAACGUUCGCCAAGUGCCCUCGCAUUCUGGCGUCCACACGGCGAGUCGCUGACUCGGUGCAAAUUACAAUCCUGGGAUCAGCAGCCCUCUGGUUUUGCUGUUAAAGAAAAAAAAGUUUUAAAAAAACGCCAGCGUAUGAAGUAAACAUGUAAUUUAAAAAGUGACGAGCAGGGACCGCUCCCGAUUCGCUCUGUAAUCUAGCUUACGAUGCCUGAAGCCCAGGCAGACGAUGCUCGUGUUCUCGUGUGUCUUUAUGACGCCGCGGUCUCCGUUUCUGCCUCCUGGCUCUGAUAUGCAAGACGCUGGAGGUGACAUCACCCUCGUUAGCGAGACCAAAAACCAGCACGCGAAACAUCAAGAGCUGGAACCAAGUGACUCACAGUUACACUCCACGUGCACACCAGUCCUGAGCGGCUCGGCUCACACACGACGCCGGAUUUCAACUGCAGAAAUAUAUCACCAUUGAUGGCUUAAUGUUCAUGGUGUUCACGCUAAAUGUGUAUUUUUUUUUUAUAUAUAUGUGCACCUUCGCAUUGCUUUGAACCCACAUUACAUAUUAUAAUAGGAAUGGUUUGGCGAAAAAUCAAACUUACUCUAAAAGUAGCGGAUUAGAUGUGGUUGGUGUCCAACAACUAAGAUGCUGCUUUUGGCUGUUUUGACUGUAACCAUAGCAACGUUCUUACCAGUCCUAGCUAACUAGUAUGGGCUAACUAACCAGCCUAGCUUGCUAAUUAGAUUAGAUUUAUAAUUAUCUGUAAUGCAGAUGGGGUAAAGAUUGGUGUGAUGAGGUUGCUUGAUGUCAAUGAGGCAGAAAAGUUGAGAAGUUGAGCUGCUUGUGCAGUUAAAGUUAGAGUGAGACGUCACAUCACGUUCAGGUGAACGUCCCAAACAUACACUUUAAGUUACAUUGCAGUGUUGGAAUAUCGGUAAUGAAAUGUUUUUGAUGGCUGUAAAACAAAGCUCAUUUCUCACUGGCACUGUUUUCUAUGUUUUUGGGGUUUUUUUUCUUCGUUUUUUUUUUAAAUUAUCCCCAACUUGCAUCCUGAUUGGUUCAAGAGGUAAAAAAAAAAAGCGCUUAACGACACUCUGUACUUUUCUGAAAAGUUAAUUUUUUUCAGAGCUCCACCUACGAUUGAAGUAAACGUGUGCUGGUGGUGUGAAAGUAUGAAAGCAGUGUCAGUGACGACUUGGGACUAUAGCACUCUAUAAACAUGAAUAAAACUUCACCGCGUAGCUGAACACUGGAACGUUAAAGGGGCGCCAUCUUGGACAAGCAGAAUCCGUCAGGAUGCCCUCAUCAAAACAUUUCUGAAAGCUGGAUGCGAUGCUCUUCUUUCAUCUUAAACGUGUAAAUGCAGAUGAUCUCAGUUUCCACAGAAACGGUCGUAUGUAUGUAAAGAUGUGGGCGUGUGUUUAUGGGAAGCGAGUUUCGAGCGAGGCAGACGAACAUGGCACGCUAACUACGUUAAAGGUUGCAGAGGAAAACUGUGUACAUUUGAUUCUUUCGUCAAACUAUUCCUUCAAACUAUUCCAGCCAUAAUGUCAUAAUGUGUGUUUUAUUUUAGUAAACGUGAUGUUUUAAUUUUCACUGUAGAUUUUUUUUUGGGUUGUUGAUUGAUGUAUAGCUGAGAAAGUGAGAAAGCAGUUUUUUUUUUAAAUAUCAGCUGUCUGUAAAGUGCUUCUAAUGCCCAAUGCCAAGACAUGUGGUGUAUUUGAUCUUGUCUUCAUACGUUUAUUUAUACAGAUCAUAAUUCAUCCAGCUCAGACUCAAAUAAUCCUGGAGUCGUUUAGUCUUUAGCAACUGAAAUGUCCUCAAAAAUACAUCCUGUCUCUGUCACAGGGUUGUGUCCUACACACACACACACACACACACACACACACACACACACACACACACACACGAGUAAUGACUCAUAAAAACACAUUCAGGUAUCUGUUUAAACUCGAUGAACAGUCUGAACAAUACGCUUGAUGUUGUGUAUCACUGAGAAAUUAACCAAAACACAACUUUGUCUCUGGUUUGUUUAAAACUCACAGGACGACGCGCAACUCAUCCAGCGCUUAUUAUCAGAAAUGUAACAGAAUACAGUCUGAUUUUAGGUAUCUCUAUUUAUUUUUUUUUUACUCCAUUUCAGAAGACUUUACUUUCUCCUCACUACAUUUCUCUACGAUCGUACGUUUAUAAAGAUAUAAGACGACUCGUUAGCAUCAGACAUCUUCAAGGAGUCGAUCUAAAUUCCUGACAAACCUCGACUUUAUCAGCGGGAAUGAGAUCUAAUAGACAUCCGUGUCAUCUAUCUGCUGCUACGUUCACUUCUGUAUUCAUCACAGCAGUCUGGAUUGUGACAGCUAGCUAUUAGCGUCCGGCUAGUUUCUACUGUAUCAUGCUAGCUAAUGUUUGCACACAUUCAUCUGGUGAAAGAAGCACUAAUUUGUCAUCAGGAGCUAAUUUAUGUAGCUCAUUUAUGUAGUUUUACUUUCACACUCAGUAAAUUGAAGAGUUUAUACUUUUCUCCUUUGACCUGAGUGAAGAAUUUGAAGCUGUAGAUUUAUCUUAACAUUUAUCAGAGAAUUUAUUUAGAUGACUAAAAGACAUGUCUACUUUCCUGUUACCAUCUCAGCUGAUUCUAGUGAACGAAUACAGAUACGGGAAGUUUUCUUCCAAACAUGUCACAUAGACAGGAACGACCAACAUGACGUCAUAAGCGUGUCACUUUCUUAUUUUUUUUUUU